CGCGCGCGGGGCGUGUAGCGGACGCGGCUUAAGUGAUAACACAAAUUAUUUUAAAAUUAAAUAUCAGCAGUUUGAAUAUAAAAACAGUGAAGCCUUAUUGUUUGUGGGACAAGUGUCUAGUGACAUUGUUUUACACGCACACAUUUUUUAUUGUUGAUUUUGGCUGGUUUUUCGACUCCUAUUAUGUGAGAAACUUUUAUCAAACUGAAUUUGACUUGACCCGGCUGCUUUUGUUCUGUGAAUGGUACAAUAGUGAGUGGGAUCCAUCAAGAAGACGACAAACCGGACAUAUUUUGGAAGAUUUUGCAAUUUGGGACUAUGAAACAAAAGGUUUUUAUUUUAUUUAAAAAAAUAAUAAUAAUUUGAGUGGGUACAAAUUUGCUAACUCUCAUACCCACAUUACUGUUAAUUUACGGAAUGGCUCGAGUAUAUAGAAGCAAUAUUUCGUCAACUAAUCGUGUGCACUUCAUGGCUUAGCGGUUGACGUCGCGGCGUAGAUGACAGAAGGUUGAGAGUUCGAUCCUACCUAAGGCGGAAGUUUAAAGGGCGCUACAUUAUACUUUUUUUUUUUUUUUUUUUUUAGGUUUUAUUGUGGACGUAAUUUUAUUGUAACGUUAUAGAUAUAAAAAAUAUAUAUAUUGGAUAAUUGAUACUAUUUAAUUAUUAUUUGUGGAAUUAGUUUUAUUUUAUUAGCCUGUAUGACAUUUUAUGUAAUCUUGAUGUUAAUUAAUAUUCUUUGUGCUAUCCCACCUUUGUGGAUUUGUUAGAUAGGUAUUCAAAUAAUUUUUUUUGUAUGUUGUUUUUAUAAUUUAAUUUUGUUUUAUUAUGAAUGAAUGUACUUAUACUUCUUUUUUUUUAUUUUAUUUUUUUUAAGAUUUUAGUGUGGACGUCAUUUUAUUGUAACGUUAUAGAUAUAAAAAAAAAAUUGGAUAAUUGAUACUAUUUAAUUAUUAUUUGUGGAAUUAGUUUUAUUUUAUUAGCCUGUAUGACAUUUUAUGUAAUCUUGAUGUUAAUUAAUAUUCUUUGUGCUAUCCCACCUUUGUGGAUUUGUUAGAUAGGUAUUCAAAUAAUUUUUUUGUAUGUUGUUUUUAUAAUUUAAUUUUGUUUUAUUAUGAAUGAAUGUACUUAUCGUUUUUUUUUUUUUUUUUUUUAAAUACUUUUUAAUUAUUAUUAUUUUUUUAUUUAUUUACUUUUUACUUUUGCAAAUGCCAAAAUUAUUUACCUACUUUUGUCUUAUUUUUUGUGCAAUUGACGAAACUGCUGGUGGAUAAUAUUAAAUGAUAAAUUGAAUUUUGUUGUUAUUAAUGUUAUAUAACAUAUUUUAUAAUUAUUUAUAACGAUUUUAAAUAAUGAAUAGUCCCACAAGGGCAACAUGCCCUCAUUGUCCGGGUUCCACACGCCUUUUUGUGGUGCCCCGGGGUCUAAAUGUGCAUAUUUCUCAUAUGCAUAAAGACAGCCAGAUACAGCCGUCGAUACUGCCUCGGGUGCCGUGUGCUGUAACUGCUGAUGCUCAUUCACAAACCCAGAGUGUUAUCCAUACUCUGGACGAUUUGGCAUCUUACAAAAAUAAAAUUCCUGUGCUUAAGCACAUCCCUAAGGGGGCCAGGAAUUUAGUCGCAGGAAAGCUCAGAGUGAUUAUGGACGGCUGCAUAAACAAUAACGGUGUGGCGGACUGGGUUUCCUUGUUGUCAUUUUCUUACACGACUCUGAGAAUUCCAGAUCGAGGUGACCCCCGUUCGCUUACUGCAAAGGUUAAGGAGAAUGCAAACAAUAAUAGCCCGUAUUUUUUAGAGGACUUCAAACACAAGCCACGAUCCAUUGUCAAAAGAAUCGAAGCCAAGGAUCAUGAGGGUGAUUUGCGUGGAGCUGUCCGUCUUUUAGUGUCGGAGGAUUCUUUAGCACCUUUUAACGAUGAGACCUUAAGCGCAUUACGUGAUAAACAUCCUACUCCUUUUCGUCCCUUAUCAUUGCCGCCAGCGCCUGAUUCUAGUUGCCCUUUUUUGACUGUCAACUCGGAGGAUGUUGCAGACGCAAUUAGUUCCUUUUAUAGCGGCUCUGCACCUGGCCUUGAUGGUUUACGUCCAAACCAUUUAAAGGAGCUCAUUUCCCCUUCCGCCGGUGAAAAUGGUGUUCGUCUAUUGCACUCAAUUACAGACUUAUGCAAUUUCAUACUAAGAGGUACGGUUAAUGUACAGGUGUGUCCUUAUUUGUACGGAGGUAGCUUAUGCGCUCUAACUAAGAAGGACGGCGGUGUGAGACCAAUUGCGGUGGGGUCUGUGCUGCGUCGUCUCGCUGCCAAGCUUGGGUGUCGGUCUGUAAGGAAUGAAAUGGCCUCGUACUUGCAGCCCCACCAGCUGGGCUUCGGGACUGCUCUUGGGUGUGAGGCCGCCAUUCAUGCUACCCGUGCAUUUGCUAUGAGCAGGGAGAGCUGUAACAGUGCAAUUGUAAAGCUUGAUAUAAGGAAUGCUUUUAAUAGCUUAGAGACAGAUAUAAUUUUAAAUGAAAUCAAGGAAAAGAUUCCGGCUUUAUACCCAUUCUUGUAUCAGUGUUACAGCUCUUCCAGCAAGUUAUUCUUUAUGGAAUCUUCCAUUGACUCAGAGGUAGGUGCCCAGCAGGGCGAUCCUCUUGGCCCAUUAAUUUUUAGUCUUGCUAUCCACAGCAUUAUAAAGACCGUCAAGUCACCUUUAAACCUAUGGUAUUUAGAUGACGGCACAAUAGGUGGUCCCCCAGAUUCCGUGCUAGACGACAUCAGACUUUUAUUUCCGAAGUUGCGAGAUGUCGGCUUGGAGGUUAAUACUGGGAAAUGUGAGGUAUACUUUUCUACUGAAGUAUCAGCAAGCGUAGUUAAUGAUUUUCAGGAGUUGGUUCCAGGUAUCAAAGUUUUGAAUAAAAGUAAUUUCAUUUUGCUUGGUACUCCAAUAUUUCAGGAUGGAGUUCCAAGUUCUCUGGAAAUAAAAAGGCAGUUAUUGUCGUCAUUGCGCGGCAACCUAUUGAGCUUAUCAUCUCACGUGGCUCUCGUCUUGCUUCGUUGUUGCUUUUCGAUGCCUCGUUUGACGUAUUUGGUGAGAACUUGUCCAACGUGGCUUUUCACUCAAGAUGUGGCCCAGCUUGAUGCUUUGUUGAGGGAUACACUGGAGGCUAUUUUAAACGUAAGCUUGGAUGACAGACAAUGGUGCCAGGCUGUUUUACCUAUACGUCAUGGCGGCCUGGGGGUGCGACAGAUGGAGCGUACUGGGCUCGCUGCUUUCCUGGCUUCGUGUUAUGGAGUUGUAGACUUUGUUGCUAAGUUACUGGGUACGAAUGGUGAUGGAUCUACGAUUCCGUUUGCGAGCGAGGCUUUGGCGGCUUGGGGCCUUUUAUGUCCGAAUGAGGCGCUCCCGGUGAACAGGAGCUCGCAGAGGUGUUGGGAUGAUGUGCUGUGCAAGCUGACUUUGUCAACUUUGCUAGGAGACGCCGCUGGAGUUGAAUUAGCGCGCCUGAAAGCGGUCUCCAGUCCGGAAUCUGGUGCUUGGUUGCAAGCAUUGCCUUCACCACAGCUGGGGACACUUCUUGAUAAUAAUUCAUUGAGAGUGGCCACAGCUUUGAGACUCGGUUGCAGCAUUUGCGAGCCUCAUCGAUGUGUCUGUGGUAGUAUGGUGGAUGCCGCCGGGCUGCAUGGACUGAGUUGUGUUAGAUCGGCUGGCCGCUUCCCGAGACACCAUGCACUUAAUGAUAUUAUUCGACGUGCUUUGGUCUCCGCAAAUAUCCCGUGUGUGUUGGAACCACCAGGCCUCAGCAGGUCGGAUGGUAAGAGGCCGGAUGGUUUGACUCUGAUUCCUUGGGAAAAGGGACGCUGCUUGUUAUGGGACGCAACCUGUAGCUGUACGUACGCGGCGUGUCAUUUAUCUGGGACCCGACAAUGUGCGGGCUUUGCUGCUGAGGCGUCGGCUAAAACGAAGCAUGCCAAGUACGAUGCUCUGAAAUCUACAUACCUGUUUGUUCCAGUGGCAGUGGAAACGACGGGUGUGUGGAGUUCGGAGGCCAAAAAGUUUAUUGCCGCAAUUGGCCACCGCCUCAGAGGGCAAGGCCACGAUCCUCGGUCUGGGUCGUACCUGGUUCAGAGAUUAUCCAUUGCCAUACAGCGUGGCAAUGCUGCUAGCGUAAUGGGUACUUUCGGGCCGGGUGCGAUCCAGAGUGGCUUGUUUGACUAGCCGAUGCCUACGCGCGCAUUGCUGUUAGCGUGGACCUUUAUGUUACAUAUGACGACGCUCGCAGCUGAAAGUAAGUAUUGUACUUUUUGACGAAGCAUGUUGCUGAUAACUUUAUUUCUGUAAUCUGACGAAGCAUGUUGCGGAUAAUAACAUGUACUUUUAGGUUAGGAAUAUUGUGUUCUUUUUUUUUAUAAU